GGCCGCCGCGAUAGGUCAUCCUCUUGCGAAUCCCGAGCGUAGCUUCGGACGGUUUGAGACGGUUAAACUCCGACUUCGACUGGAACUUCAACUGGAAAUCAAAUCGAAGCUGAAAUUAACGUUAAAAUCAAAACGGUUCCGUGGUGGACUUAAAAACCGUAUGAACGAAAAGAGAAGAGAAACGAGAAGCGAGACAAGCUCACCCGUUCGUUCACGGUUGCCGCGUGAGGGUAUUUUUAGACGAGAGCAGUUUUUAACGAAGACUAACGUUUAUUAUCAUUAUGUUACUUCCGUUAUUGUUGAUUGUUGUCACGAGCAUCCACUCGGGUUAUUCCCGCUCCUACUUCGCGAGAAACACACCUGCAGACGCGACGCAUACGCUGCCUCUCAGCUCAACAGUGAAUUUCAAAUGGAGAGUGGAUAGAAUAAAUAUGCGGAUAAUAGCGGGAGUUCAGUUCCUCGGCGACAACAGCAGCUGGUUCGCAAUCGGCUUUUCCGACUAUGGAAAACUGCAGCCGGGCGAUUACUGCAUUAUGUGGCACGACUGGCAUCGAGAGGCGCAUUUUCAGGAUACGUGGGUGGACGACGACGGGAAGGUAUACGUAGACUCACAGCAGGAUUGCGAAAAUUUUACAUGGAAAAGAUACAACAAUGUCACGUACUUCACAUUCUCACGUAAAUUGGAUACCUGCGACGAGCACGAUUACAUCAUCGAGCGGGGUACUACGCAUCUUAUAUGGCUGAAAGGUGAUGGACCCCUUGUCUCCUUGGCGGGUCUCAAAGUCUCGAAUGCAGAAACCUCAGGAAUGUCCCGCGCAGAAUUGUACAGAAUGCCUCAUAGGAAGCCUAUGUACCCGGCAGACGCCUGGAAACUCGAGUUGCUCAAUCACCAGGUUCAAGUGCCGAACGUGGAGACUACUUACUGGUGUCGAGUGCAGAAACUGCCGGAAGUGUUGAAGCGAAAGAAUCACAUUCUGCAAUUCGGCCCAGUCAUCCAAAUUGGUAACGAGCACCUCGUGCAUCACAUGGAGAUCUUUCAUUGCGCCGGACCAGUGGAUGUGGACGUACCCAUGUACGAUGGACCUUGCGAUGGAGCUGAUAGGCCGGCAAAAACGCAGAUCUGCAAGAAGGUGCUAGCUGCAUGGGCGAUGGGCGCCGACGCGUUCGUGUACCCUGAAGAAGCCGGCCUGGCGAUCGGCGGCGCCGACUUCAAUCAGUAUGUUAUGCUGGAAGUGCACUACAACAAUCCCGAGCUGCACCAAGGCACCAUCGACUCCUCCGGCAUCCGGUUCAUCAUCACUGAGACCCUGCGGAAAUACGACGCGGGCGUAAUCGAGCUGGGUCUUGAAUAUACCGACAAGAUGGCCAUACCGCCACAACAAGAAGCCUUUACACUGUCCGGCCACUGCAUCACGGAAUGCACGGGAAUCGGGUUGCCGCAGGAAGGGAUCCAUAUCUUCGGUUCACAGCUGCACACGCACCUAACAGGCAUCAGAGUCGUCACUCGGCAUGUACGAGAUGGCAAGGAGUUACCGUUAUUGAACUAUGAUAAUCAUUAUUCCACUCAUUUCCAAGAGAUCAGACUGUUGCCGAAACCGGUCACCAUUUUGCCCGGAGAUUCCUUGAUAACCACGUGCACCUACAACACCAUGGACAGAGAUAACGUGACUCUCGGUGGUUUCGCGAUAUCCGACGAGAUGUGUGUCAAUUACAUCCACUAUUACCCCAACACGCGACUCGAGGUUUGCAAAAGCGCCAUAAGUGACGACGCAUUGAGGACAUACUUCCGCUAUAUGCGAGAAUGGGAAGGUCAGAAGACCAGCGAGAAGAAGGGCAUCUCGUCGAACUACAAAAGCAUCGAAUGGACCAAAGUUCGUGUGGAGACUCUUCACGAUCUCUACGAGGCUGCGCCUUUAGGGAUGCAGUGUAACAGUUCGGAUGGCUCUCGGUUGCCAGGUUUAUGGGACAAUAUCGCGGCGACGCCUGUAAGAUUGCCUCUACCACCGCCAGUUAGAGACUGCUUGGAACGUCCGAGUGAGCUCAAUAUUCUGGAAUAGAUAUGAACGCCAAUUAUUCGAUUCCAAAGUUAUACUAUUUAUCGAACAACUCAAUUGUGCAAAUAUUUUUCCUGAACGAGUGGCAGUAGUUCUAGUCUGGAGCAUAUCGAGUUUGACAUUUAACACACUUAAAUUUCUCUGAAAUUUGUGCUUAACGUUAACUCUAAACAUAGCAAUGCACUCCACCAUGUAUGUAUACACACAUUUUCAGAAUAUCUCUGGAAAGAUAAAAUUAUAUAUUGUCUGUAAUUGAGAUUACAGAGAUACACAUACCAUAUUGUCGGCGAG